GUGAGCAGCCCGGCCCACGUGACCGCAGGCCCGGGGCUAGCGCUGCGCACCUUCGCCACUGGCGUUUCGCGCGCUCGGGCUGCGGGAGGAGCCGGCGAUAGCCCGCCGGGCUGAGGAGCCUGGGAACGGCGCAGCGGCCUGGCCUCGCAGGUGCUUGAAGCACACUGCCAGGACUUCCACAGCUUCUGAAGCUCCUCCUCAGCAUAUGGUGGCAGGCAUUUCUGUGUCCAUGCAAGUCCUGCGGAGAGUAGAGUGCCGUGAGGUUGGCCCUAUGUCCUGUUCACCUAAAGACAUUUAGUAAGUACCCAGUUCUGUGAGAUAUCAGAAGAGAGAAGUGGGUGACAGCUGUUCUAGAAGCUGAGGUAGUGACAGAAUUAGUAUCCCAGCAAAUUUCUGAAACUGCAUUGUAAUUGCAGUCUUCAUAAUGUGUGAAGUAGUUUUAAGGAAAAGGCCUGGGUUUGAAGAUUACAGAAGGAUUGGUCACAUUGGGAAAAGUGAAUGUUUCAUUUAACUUAAAGCAGCUAUGUCGGCUACUUUGUAGGAGCUGCCUGAAGCCAGAGUCAUGGUGGAUGUAGGAAAGUGGCCAAUCUUCACUCUGCUAUCGCCCCAGGAAAUUGCAUCUAUUAGGAAAGCAUGCGUCUUUGGCACCUCAGCCAAUGAGGCAAUCUAUGUCACUGACAGUGAUGAGGUCUUCGUGUUUGGACUGAACUAUAGUAACUGUCUAGGAACCGGUGAUAACCAGAGCACACUAGUACCCAAGAAGCUAGAAGCCUUGUGUGGAAAGAAGAUCAAAAGCCUGAGUUAUGGAAGUGGCCCCCACGUUCUCCUCAGCACUGAAGAUGGAGUGGUCUAUGCCUGGGGCCAUAAUGGAUACAGCCAGCUGGGGAAUGGGACCACCAACCAAGGCAUUGCUCCCAUCCAAGUUUGUACCAAUCUCUUAAUCAAGCAGGUGGUUGAAGUAGCUUGUGGCUCGCACCAUUCGAUGGCUCUAGCAGCUGAUGGAGAGGUAUUUGCUUGGGGCUAUAACAACUGUGGCCAGGUGGGAUCAGGGUCUACAGCAAAUCAGCCAACUCCUCGAAAAGUUACAAACUGUUUACAUAUUAAGAGGGUGGUUAGCAUUGCCUGUGGUCAGACCUCAUCCAUGGCUGUUCUGGACAAUGGUGAGGUGUACGGCUGGGGCUACAAUGGCAAUGGGCAGCUGGGCUUGGGGAACAACGGCAACCAGCUAACCCCAGUGAGAGUGGCAGCUCUACACAGCGUGUGCGUGAACCAGAUUGUUUGCGGCUAUGCACAUACUCUAGCACUAACAGACGAGGGCUUGCUCUAUGCCUGGGGAGCUAACACAUAUGGGCAGCUGGGAACUGGCAAUAAAAAUAACCUGUUAAGUCCAGCACACAUCAUGGUGGAAAAAGAAAGGGUUGUGGAGAUUGCAGCCUGUCACUCCACCCACACAUCUGCUGCCAAGACCCAAGGUGGGCAUGUGUACAUGUGGGGCCAGUGCCGGGGCCAGUCAGUGAUCCUCCCCCACCUCACCCACUUCUCCUGCACCGAUGAUGUGUUUGCCUGCUUCGCCACCCCUGCUGUCUCAUGGCGCCUUCUCUCUGUGGAGCAUGAAGACUUUUUAACAGUUGCAGAGUCACUGAAGAAAGAAUUUGAUAGUCCAGAAACUGCUGAUCUGAAGUUUAGGAUUGAUGGGAAAUAUAUUCAUGUCCAUAAAGCUGUUUUGAAAAUCAGGUGUGAGCACUUCCGAUCCAUGUUCCAGUCCUACUGGAAUGAGGACAUGAAAGAGGUGAUAGAAAUAGACCAGUUUUCUUACCCCGUGUACCGUGCCUUUCUCCAGUACCUCUAUACAGACACAGUGGAUCUGCCGCCUGAGGACGCCAUAGGUCUUUUGGACUUGGCGACAUCUUACUGUGAAAACAGACUUAAAAAGCUCUGUCAGCACAUUAUCAAGCGAGGAAUUACUGUGGAGAAUGCUUUUUCGUUAUUCUCCGCUGCAGUCAGAUAUGAUGCAGAGGAUUUAGAAGAAUUCUGCUUUAAGUUUUGCAUCAAUCAUUUGACAGAAGUUACACAGACAGCGGCGUUUUGGCAAAUGGACGGCCCCCUGCUAAAGGAGUUCAUUGCUAAAGCCAGUAAAUGUGGAGCCUUUAAGAACUGAACCUGAGGCUGCUGGGCUGUGUGUGAGUGCUCUGGGGCACUGUGGGUGAUGUGUCCAGUUUGUGCUCCAUGGGUGAUGUAAUUCUGCAGGUAAAAUCCAUCAGGUUGCUUUGUCUGCCUUGGAGACUAACAGUGCUCUGUGGGAGUAUAUGAAGGUUGUAUGCUUUUCCUGAGCCCGUUCUUCACAACUCUUGUUUCUAGACAUGUAUAUUUUAAAUGUGGCUUUUCUUACAUUUGGGCUAGAACAUUGUGAAAGGAUAAACAUUUAGCUGCUUUUGCUUUUUUUCAUUUUGAUGAAAGGAGCUUCUGAGCUUGGAUGAAGGGAGUUGGUGGCAACUUCCCUGGGCCACAUAUCAUGACCAUUUGACACCAGUUUCCAUAGCAGUGAUUUGUGAGAGGAUCAUAGACUCCACUCCACUGCUCUCUGAAGUGCUUAGUUGUGGCAGAACCUUCCAGGGAGUGGAGGGUCAGCACUGCCUAAGGCUUUUGUUGGUGUGCUUUUGCUAUUCUUGUUUUUAACUUCUGCCUUCAGGGUGUAUCAGAGGGAUAUUUUGUUUAAUGUGAUUAAAUCUACUGAAUAAUUAAGAAAAGACAUGCUUAGGUUUGUUAAGAUUCUCUUAAGGUAAAGGUGCUUAUCACCAAGCCUGAUUACCUGAGUCCAAUCCCCAAGACCUACAUAGUAGAAGGAGAGAACAGACUCCCACAUGUUGUCAUCUGACCUCCAAAUAUGUGUCAAGGGCAUAUGUGCAUCCACAUACAUGCCUAAUAAAUAUAAUAAAAACUAAAAGAAAAACAUUUAGGGACCUAUAAAGAGUAACACUUAGAAUUAACCAUGAAAAGUUGAUAAUAAAAUAAACUUGGUUUGGAUAAAGGUACAUGCUUUAUACAGUAGAAUCUCCACUACUUGUCCAACAGUGUUUUAUUAGGAUUGAGUUUGAGAUCUUAAUACAAAUCACCUCUUCACCUUCCCCAUAGGUCCUAACAAUGUUAUGCCCAUUUUCAUGUCUGCUGCUUUAUGACUUUAUAGGAUUAUCAAAACGCCCUUCUUAUAGGACUCAAUAGAAUUUUCAUAUUUAUUUUGUCUGGUCCAAAUUCCAUCACAAAUUUAUUUGAAACUUCAUCUUCCAGUUCCAGGUUUGGGUUUCUUUUUAAUGUUUCAGGAAUACUAUUUAGCACAAUUUAACCUUGAAAUAGGGUCCCCAGUUCAUAGUUUUCCUAGAAAGGUCUUAUUUAAAAGACCUUUUUUUUUAGGGUCUCAUCAUGAAAUGUGACUGGGAUUUAAGAGUGCUCACACUCCAGUUUUAUCGUGUCCAUUGAGCUUUAAGAGCAAGGCUUUGUCUGCUCUGUUCUCUGGUCCAUGACCCCCUUUGCUUUUGUGAGAGCUCCCUUGAUAUACUCUGUUUCCUGCUUCGAAGGGCUCCUCUGGACAGAGCCUGAGUUGUUCAGUCACACUGACAAGAAGAUAAUGCUGCUGCUCCUGUUCCAGCAGUGUUUUAAAAUGUGUAUGUAUUGGGGUGAAGUGGUGAGGCACCAAAGGUAGGAAUUGUCGACAGGCAAACCCAGAACUCCCAUCCCUUUUCUUGAUCAUUUCCCAAAUGAUUGCUGCCUGAUGAAGAGUUAGUUCUGCAGUGACAGGAUCGCACUAAGAUGAUGAACACCCAUUAGUUUAAUUUGCUUUUAUGGGCAAUGUUUAUAACUAUAGCCUUAUGGUCUCAAAGUGGUAACUUCAGUAUGUUUACUAUUGUUCUUACUUGAAAAAAAACCUCUUCAAGAAAAAAAGCACAAAUUACAGCUGUAAAUUGGUAUCCAUAGAUAGUCUAUUCAACAAAUACUGAAUUUCUGAUUAGAGAUGAAGCAGUGCUUCUCAGAUUACCAAGUAACUUGUAUGAGUAUGUAUGUAUGGUGGUGAGAGAACAAGUCCUUCAGAAUGUGCUGCGGUGUUUGUUUUUUUUAAUAUAAUAUUUUUAUUUUUCUACUUUGUUUUGUUGUUAAUCAUAGAAGACAAAAACUGUUCUUUGAAUUGAUUUUUUUCAUCUGAUAUAAUAAUGGAAGCCAGAGAGGUCAUAUUUCUUAAAAUAUCCCAAACUGUACUCUUGAAUUUACUGGAACAAUGUUUGAUACUCUAAUAUUCAGGCUGCAUUUAUGUAAUGCUUAGAAUGACAUAUUAAUAAAUAAUCUCUUAAGGCAGGCA